UUUUCCUGGAAGUCCAAAAUUGUAUUUAUGAUUUUAUCGUCAUUGUUUUGGACACAUAUUUCUGAUUUGCCCAACAAACAGGAUGACAAAAGAUUCUUAGUAUGAAUUAUUACAGAAAUUUAAGCACUUUUAAGUAGUUGACACUUCCUGAGGUCUCAACUCAAGGUCUUCAUUUUUAAAAAUGAAAUGUAAAAAAUGUGGUGCUGAUGUGGCCCCAAGUAAUAAAUUUUGCGGACAGUGUGGUCAGAAGGUUGAAAUAGAUGAUCAUGAGGGCAAGAUUAAGAAUUGUCCAAGUUGUAAUUCUCUACAGAAACUUUCACAAAAGUUUUGCACAGAUUGUGGAUUUGAGAUAGACAUGGUUAUUUGCCAAGCUCAGACAGACAAAGGUCCUUGUGGUAAUGUUGAGAACAAAACACCGGAUAGUACACAGGACAGCAGUGUAGAGGACAAGAUGCAGGACAAGACACAGGAUAGUACACAGGACAGUAGUGUUGAGGACAAGACACCGGAUAGUACACAGGACAGUAGUGUUGAGGACAAGACACCGGAUAGUACACAGGACAGUAUUUUAGAGGACAAGACACCAGAUAGAACACAGGACAGUACACAUGACAGUACACAGGACGAUGAACUAGACGGUGGUCAUGGUAGUAAACAGAAACAGUUUAAAAAAAGUUCAAAAAAUCCAGAGACAAAAAUUGAAGUGGAAAAUGUGCUCAUACUCAACAGAGAUAAUCUAAGGAAAGAAGUUCUAGAAGACACAUUGCAUAAAGAAGAUGUUAAGUCUGAAGAACCUAUUCUAAAGGAAAGUAAAGUAAGAGGAUUAGCAGUAAUCUGCACACAUACUACUUUUAAAAAGAACCCAGUGAAUCUGACGGAAAGACCAAGUGGUGAUAGGGAUAAAGAAAUCAUGGAGGACAUUUGGAAGUUAUAUGAUGACUGUGAAGUUCUGACAUUUGUAAAUAAAACAAGUAGCUUUUACGAUACAGAAUUAGAAAAGAAGAUUCAAGAAAAGUUAAUGGAGAUGCCAACUGUCAAGUACUUUGUAUUUGUUUUGAGCACCCAUGGAGAUGAAAGACCAGAAAAAGAAAAAGAUGGCAAUCUGCAUUAUCAACAUUACUUUUACACAAAAGAUGGUCAGUUUAAAACUCAAGAUCUUAUGACAAAGAUAAAUGACAUAGAAAAUAUGGAUGGGAGAAUGAAAUUGUUUUUUAUACAGGCAUGUAGGAGUAGAGCAACCAAUACAGAACUGGAUAAUCAAGACGCUGGAUUUACUGUGAAAAUUACAUCAACAAUAUACAAGCAAAUAUCAAUACAACAAAGUGAGAGUACUGAUGUUGCAGAUGCUAUAGGUCAUAUGACAUCAUCAGAAAAAGAUAAUGAAUUUUCUUCGAUAACUAUUGUUGAAAAUGACGAAGUUCAUCAUCAGCUUGAGAAACUGUCAAUUAACACACAAAGUAUUGAUGUUGCAGAUGCUAAAGGCUAUAUGCCUCCUCCAGAGGAAGAUAAUGAUGAGACACAACAAUCAGAGAUGAAGAAUGAAGAGAAUGAAAUGAUGAAAAAUGACACAAUAGAGAUUCCACCUACCGAAGGAAUUCCUCAUUGUGAAGAUUGUGUAGUGGUAUUUGCUUCUAUGGCAGGAAAAUAUGCCUACAGUAAGUUACAUGAUCCAAUGUCUGGAGGCUGGAUGAUAAGAGCAUUGCAUUCAACCUUAGAGAAAUACCAGGGAGGAGACACUGUACAUAUACUAGACAUACUUAGAGACAUUAAUAGGGAUAUUAGCGAGAAAUAUAAAUUUACCCCUCUUGAUAGCAGUGAAAGAUGUAUGUCCCAUUUGCGUAUAUUAAAAGAUGAGCUUGAUAGGGAACUUAUGACGGAAAAUUAUUGUGAAAAAACAUUAGAUGAUCUCAACGAACUCAGCAAAAAACUUGACCACCUUCAAGAGAAUCUUGAACAAAAGAUGGCAUCUGAUUUGAACGAAAUAGUAAAAGAAAUUGUUGAAGUCACAGCCAGUGUCGAGAAGAUUGUUGGGCUAGUAGUACUUAAAGCACAGUCAUGUUUUUUCCACAAUUUGGCUUUUCAAGAUGAAGAUAUGACCCUGCAUAAGACAAAGAUAAAAUGAAUAAGACAAUAUUUGAAUCUUUACCUGAUAUAGUUUUCUUCGAUUAUAGCACCCCCUGCUAAUUGUCCCUGAUCAUGACUUUCCAUAAUAAAUCCCCCCAAAAAAGGAAAAGGUCAUCUAAGGGACAAUAAAAAAUUACAAUUCAAAAAGGUCAGUAAACAUAGCCAAAGAAAACAGAUAAAAAGACAACAGUUCACUAGAUAUUAUAAGGGAAAUUGAAUUUGAAUACCUCUAAAAACGAGGAAACUCUAAAUUCUCAAGAAGGGACCAGUUCCUUCUUCUUUUGAUAUACCCCUUCUUCUUUUGAUGAAUCCAAAGAUAAGAUUUUGUUUAUUGCUAUUGUCACAAAUUGCCAAAAUAAGUUCUGUCAAAAUAGAUUCAACAAAUAAGGUGUUCAAUAAAAUUUUGACAGCCAAUAGCAGAGAUCAUGCAUAGGAUGUGUUACAGUAUUACAUUUGUCUUGUUUGACCGUCCAUCUUUUUUAACACAUUACACUAUAAGUCUUUCUUUAAAAUUCCUUUAGAAGUUUUGGAUAAUGACAAGAUACCUGAACAUUUUUAAACAUGAGACUUAUGCUGAUUUUAAUGAUUUAUGGUAAUCAAUUUAAAAAAAUGAAUGUUGAUUUGAACAAUGUAAAUAUAAAGUGUGAUUAAGAUUAGUUUGUUAUUGAUUACUCUUUGCUUGACGCUAAGAGAGUUAUGAAGCCUGUUUGUUGUUUUAAAGUUAUAAUACAAGUUUCUUUGCACCUGGCACAAUUUAUUGAUUCAUUGGAGACUGACAUAUAAUGUGCUCAUUAUGCAACUGUUUUUUUAAAUGCCUUUCUAAUUUUUUUCAUUAGGGUUUAGGACAAGGCAUUUUGUUUUUGAUUAAAAUGUUACUCAAUUGAUCAUAGAUAAUGUUUUAUAAUGCACAUAUUAAGACUUUGUACAUAGUUUUUACAAUAAGUGUACAUAGUUUGCAUUAUUAUUCUCAUUGCUUUGUGAUAUUUUAUUUUGUUGGGAAGCGGAAACAGGAGGGACUGUAUAUAAGUAAAAGAAUUAGCAGUAGUAAUUAAAUGCAAAGAAAUGCUAGUUUUAAUUGUAGACUAUUGUUGAUCAAUAAUCAAGGAGGAAGGCAUAAUUUG